UAUUUUUUUAUAAACAUAUUUUUUUUAGGUUAUAUGGUUAGGGUUUUAUUUUUGAGUUUUUAUUUUAAUAAACAAUUACUUAAUAUUUAAAUUUAAUUUUAAUCUACCCAUCUACUAAAUUUACCGUAUUAUCUGAAAUGCCGGUUCAGUUUAUCCCAGACCACAAGGAAAGCACUGAAAUGGUGAUCCCAGUAUCCAAGGAAACGUAUUUCAACACUAAAUGGAAGGGGCCCGGGCGUGUACUCUGUGAGUACGACAUGCUGUUCCACCCGCCGGAGUACGACCCCCGCGCCGCGCGCUGCGACCGCCGCCGCCCACAGAUCACUUGGGAGAACAUCUGGGAGCAGGAAUAUCCCAAAGGGAUACCUUCCACCACGCAACUGAACUACGGCAGACCUAAAUGGCCUAUUUUGGACAAAAUAGAAAAAUUACAUUCACGAGCUCAAGUGAGCCUGCAGAGCCCUGGCACCCACGUGCCGGGUGUGCUGCGGUGGGCCGAGCUGCUGCGCGGCGGCAAGAUGACCUGCGCAGACGCAUGAUCGUG